UUGUGUCUUAUCAUUUCUUUCACAGGAAAGUGGGUGUUUUAGCAACAUUUUGUUAAGCAACUACGCUGUUUAAUCAUUUGUUAAAUAGUAAUGUCUGCAUCUACGUGAAAUACAGCCAUGGAGGGGUUACCUACGGGUGACAUCCAGGCUAAAUACCAAAAGUUGGCAACGGAAUAUUCGAAGUUGCGAGUUCACGUUAAAGUGUUAAAGAAGGGCGUGCUAGAUGAGCAAGCGAAGUCUAACGAGUUGAGGGAGAGUUUGAAGGAGAAAGAGAAAGCACUGAGGAAAGGGGAGUUGGAGAUAGAUUCACUCACGUUUAGGAAUCAGCAGUUAACGCGGCGCGUGUCUGUGUUGCAAGAUGAGCUCGAGCUGUUACAGAUAAAAUCUACAAAGAAGGCAAAGAGUAAAGAUGACAAGCCUGCUGCUACCAGCAGUGCCCCAGCACUCGACACUGGUGUUCUCCAGGAAGAGCUCCAGAAGAAGAUCUUGGAAAAUGCGCAGUAUGCUUCACAGCUUUCAGACAAAGUUUUCGAGCUGUCCCAGCUCAAAGCAGCCCUGGACGACUACCAGCGCCACCUGAGCGAGAGCGACAGCCGGUACAAAUGCGAAGUGGCCAAGCUGCGGCACAGGAAUCAGGAGCUUCAAUUCGCGUUGGAGGAGGCGCAGAGAGCUAACGGCACGCCGAACAAACAGCCCAGCCAGCCAAGUUGUAAUGGGGAUUUUCUGUCAGAGGGUGGCAGCUUGAUCGGCAGCGAAGACGCGUUAAGCUCCGUCGACGAGCUCAAUGCCGUGGAGCAGAUCAGUGCGAAGGCGCAUGCUACCGAACAGGAAAAUCAAAAACUCCGCAUGGAAUACGAACUCCUCCAAAUGGAGAAUGAAAGCCUAAAACUAGAAAUUAGCAAACAUGUAUCAGCGUCCCAAAGACGGAGAGGGGACGGUCAUGACUCCGGAGACUUCAACUUUUACUCGGAGACCUCAGUGGACGGAGAAGGCAGGGUCACAGGACUACUUGGCAGUGUGGAAGUACCCUUUUUAUUGGGACACGAGAUACAGACAAGGGAGGAUAGGAUGAAGACGUACUUUAGGAAUAAGAUUAGCGAACUGAAAGUUGAGAAUGACCAGUUGAAGAGUAAGACUGAACAUUAUGUGAAAGAGUGUGAGAUGCUGAGGACGAGGUUCGAGGAGAUGGAGCGUGACAGAGAGACGGACGCGCGUACCAUAGAAGACAAACAUAAAACUAUUAGUAGAUUGGAGGAAGAGUUACAUUCUACAUCCCACAACUACGAAGAGCAGAUGUCGGUUCUGACGGAGCACGUCGCCGGCCUCAACGAGCAGCUCGCGCGCCAGCACGACCAGAUCGACCAGCUCAAACACCAGAUGAGUAGGAGGAAAUAGACCUUUCCGGGACCGUCCUGGGUCCAUUUCGGGACCGUCCUAGGAUUAUAUUAGUAUCUUCACGGGACUUUUUCGGAAUCAACUUUGAACCAUCCCGAGACAUUUUUGUAACCUUACCGGGACCGUUAUGGAACCUUCCCGGGAGCAUCUUAGGUUCUCUCUGUGAACUUCCCGGGACCGAACUAAAACUUUCACGGGACUUGCCGCUAUCUGGACAUAGGAUCUCCCUGGGACAAUUUGCGAGCAGUCCUAAGGCCUUCCUGGGAUCGUUAUAGAAUCCUCCCUAGAGUAUUGUGGAAUCAGACUUUCUCGGGACCGUCCGAUCGGGCAAGGCACGCUAUCCGAGAGACAUUAUAGGACACACCUGUUUGGAGUUAACUUUACGUUGAUAAGAAAUUUGAAGCAGAAUUGGCAGUUGACUAGAAAAGAAAAAGAGUGACUUGGGCAAGGUAAUAGCACAUGAUUGGCACGAGAGUUUCUCGCCGCGACAUAGACUACCCGUCUUUUACUAACUGUAUGAAUUAAAGGGGGAUGUCGAACCAUAGGCAUUGGAUACUUAUGGCUUCUUGUAAGGUAAAGUCGCCUGCAGAUAUAUAACAUGGGCCGAGGUUCUCACAAAUAUUUGAACACCCCUCUAUAGUCAACAUGUUAAGAGGAAAGGGGACGGCCGCUUCUCCAUACAAACGUAGUCCACAUUUUCCUCUCUGGAUAUUGACAUUAUGGAAAAUCUUUUUACAUAAUUUGAUGUAUAUUAACCAUAUACAUUUAACUUUUUUAGAUUUUUUUGAUUAUUGUAAAAAUUAGAAGCGAAAAACAGUUUUCAUACAACAUUUUAAAUGCUAACUCUUAUAAUAAUUAAAAAUUCGAAAAAAAAAACGUAAGGGCAUAGCUGUGGUUCAUAUAGGUAGAUAGAUAGAUAGAUAGAUAGAAUACUCUUUAUUUGCACAUCUCAGUAAAAAGAUACAAAUGAAAAGAAAAAAUCAUUAAAUGUAGAGGCAGACAACAGGCGGUCUUAUCGCUAAAGAGCGAUCUCUUCUGGACGACCUUUGGGUAGUAGCGGAAACAGAGAAAUUAAUCGAAAAAGUAGGUGUUGCAAAAACGUUAUGAAGCCUACAUUUACACACAAUUACAGUGAACAAAUACAACAAAUUGUGUCAAAUGGCGAUUUCGCUCGGGUCCUCCACUGUUCAGAUAUUUUUGAGAAACUUGGCCGCUGCGAUAUAUUUCAAAGCGGCUGUACGAGGGCAGAGAGAGCUUGAAGUUGCUGGUCAACAUUUUAUAGGGUCAAUGAAUAGACUCUCAUGGCUUAGGGCCCCUUGUUGUGUUCAGAAAAACCUAGGGUUGAAGGGGAAAGGGAAAUAGGCAAAUAACACACAUCUAACACGCGGUGCAUUCCAUUUAAGUGUUUUCCUGUUUUUUAAGCUUACGCUUAUUUUCUACUUAUAUAUGUCUAGUAAAAUUAAAACGAUGUGCAAUAAUGGUGCGUUCAAUAUAUGUAUUUAAUUUAUAUACCUAAGCGAAUAGGGAAUAUUACGCGAAACUGCGUAGGGGGCGCCACUACCACAAUCUGAGGGUCUAUCGCGAAACAAGGAAAUCGAAAUUUCGUUAUCUAACAUCUCUGUCACUCUUGCAUAUUCGAGCGAUAAAGAGGCAGAUAGUGAAAUUUCGCAUUAGCGUUUCCCGGUAGGUCCUCUGUAAAUAAACCGCCAUGAUGCAUCAAUGUCAUAUUUUAUUAUCUCUGAAAACUUAUCAAAAAACUGUUAAAGGUACAGUAUGUAUAAGUUACUCUAUGGUUUACUAGAGGCUAGUGCUGCACUCUGGUGGCAGAACAUUGCAGUAAUGCCCCCUAUUAGUUUGGAGCUGGUUGGUAGAGUUAAACCAAGAUAAGUCUGCAGCGAUUUUGACAGCACACGCAGUGCAAGUGUUAUUUAUACGUCAUAAUUUCAUAGAAGUUUGACGUUUAAAAUAACACUUGUACUGCGUAUGCUAUCAAAACCGCUGAAGUCUUUUCUUGGUCUAACUCUAGGAGUUACUAACAUCGACGAUGAAGUAAAGCGCCCUUCUCGCUCAAUCUUGGUAACUAGAAAGAGACAAAUGCUUUACCUCGUCGAUUAACAUUAUACUACGGUUUAGUCUAAUGUUAAUCGCCGAGGUAAAGCGUUUGUCUGUGUCUGUAGUAAAAAACCGGCCAAGUGCGAGUCAGACUCGCGCACGAAGGGUUCCGUACCAUUACGCAAAAAAACUGCAAAAAAAUCACGUUGUAUGGGAGCCCCCCUUAAAUAUUAAUUUUAUUCUGUUUUAGUAUUUGUUGUUAUAGCGGCAACAGAAAUACAUCAUCUGUGAAAAUUUCAACAGUCUAACUAUCACGGUUCAUGAGAUACAGCCUGGUGACAGACGGACUGCGGAGUCUUAUUAAUAGGGUCCCGUUUUUACCCUUUGGGUACGGAACCCUAAUAAUGACAAUAUAUUUUAGUUUUCUUCUCUUACUAAAUCAAUAAUCUUUUUAAAGAUGUAUUGUCAUCUUUACAAAUAUUGUUUUAGUAAAAUGUCCAAACUUUGUAAUAAUCAAGUCAACAUUAUAUAAGUAUAACGUAAUAUAUAUAAGACAUGUAUAAAUGUAAAAAAGAUGUUAUAAUGAAGUUGAAGUUUAUUGUAAAAUUAUGAGAUUGUCUUAAAUAGUUCUUGGCCCAACAGAAGUACGAAAUUGGACUUUAUUUUCAACUGUAUGUGAUCUAUUUUAGCUUGUCAAGUUAUAGUUCUCAAUUAUGCUUAGAGUUAAUCCAAGAUAAGUCUGCAACGAAUUUAAUAGCACACGCAGUGCGUUAUUUUAAACAUCAAACUUCUAUUAAAUUAUGACGUAUAAAUAAAUAACACGCACUGCGUAUGCUAUCAAAAUCGUUGCACUUUUCUUGGUAUCUCUAUCUAAAUAAAGUCGAUAUACAAUGUAAUUUAUUAUCGACUUCCUCCAGAUAAAAAUAUAGUGUAAAAGUAGCUUAAACAUUUACCGGAUUUCUUUAUCAAUAUCGCUCUCAUGUUUCUAUCGGUGGAGUUCAAGACACCUUAUAUAAAACAAAGUCCCCCAGGCCCCCCCGCGUCUGUCUGUUUGUGUGUUUGUGUUUAUAAACUCAAAAGCUACUGAACGGAUUUACAUGCGGUUUUCACCUAUCAAUAGAGUGAUUCUUACUUUUAAAGUACGGUCAGCAAAACUAUUAUCGUAGCAUCCCUGUAUACAUGUUUCUAUCAGGGAUGUUGCGGAUGCCGAUUUUUUGACAUCCGCGGAUGCGGAUGCGGAUUUUUAAAGGGUCACAUCUGCGGAUGUCGAGAUUAGGCACAUAUAAAACGUCAAACGUCACUCACUUUACACUCACUUUAAAACGAAUGUUUUAGUAUUUGAAAAAGAAUAUAGGUGCCCCACAUUCGCAUUACUAUACUAAAGUCCAAAUAAAACAAAUUAUUCACUUCUUGUCGCUGUCCGUCAUAGGCUAAAGUGCUCGAUCGACGAAUCACAAAAACGAAACGAGAUUCCUAUUGGCUAAUGACGAAAUUACCUAGUACUUACGCCGCCGCUAAGACGUUCCUGUACCUACCUGUUCCACAUCCACAUCCGCAUUCGAUUUUAUGCGGAUGCGGAUGUUGAAAAUAAUGCGGAAGUUCCGUGGUUGCGGAUGCGGAUGCGAAUAUUCGUAACAUCCCUGGUUUCUAUGCAGGGGUGCUAAGUAAACAGUUUUGCUGACUGUACGUAUAACUACUGUUUCACUACCGAAUGUACAACUUUUUUUCUUUAGGCGUGUGGGGUAUUUAAUGGGGUUGGCCGGUGGAAGUAUUUUACAGAUGGCGCCAGCAUAGGUUCUACCUCUUUUUUUUCGACCAUCUGGACAGGCUAAAGCUCUAAGUCAUACUGCCUUUUUUAACCUGUCAAUCUUACUAGUGUCCAUUUUUUUAUGGCCUGGAUGCUAGCCUUUUAAGUCUAAUCCCAUAGAACGAAACUAGAAACAGGGGAAAUGUCUGCUGGUGCCAUCUAUAAUAAAAACCUUUGACAGUUUGCCAAUCUAUAGGCACAGUGUAAAAAGUAACAGUGGGCCGACGCCUUUGAUGUUUGCGUAAAUGCCGACACCGCACAAGAACGCAGUAGGAUUGUCACAGACUUUUACACAACUGCCCAAAAUAAUUUGUGACAAUUAAUAAGACACGCUAGCCCUGUAAGUAGUACCGAGCUACUAACAAUGGCGAUGUAUGCAGCUCGGGUGCGCGCCAUCCACCCCUCGCACCCCGCACGUUUGCCCUGUCUAGACGGCUUUGUCUAAUGACUAUCGUUUUAUAGACUGUGCUAUAGGUGACGAUGGCGUUCAAAAGGUUGACUAAAAUAAAUCCUCUGCUCAGUGAGGCCUUAAUCUGGGCCUAAUUCGUGUCAGUCUGCUAGUUAUCUAUUAAAUAAUAAUACGAAUGCUUUUCAUAUUGAGAGACUUGAAACAAAAUCAUGGACGUACUUUUAAAUUUUUCCUAAUUUUCGCCUUUAAAAUUAGAAUCUGCUAGGCGUUGCAAUUCAAAAAAUAUUUUUUUUAGAUUUGUAUCAAUAUCCCACUAAUCCGGGGUUAACCGGUUAAACCGUUAACCCAGUGUCAAAUUGUACUGGCAUCCAUGGUAUAUCCAGGUUUAACCGGUUAACCCCGGGUUAGUGAAUGGUGCAAGUGGCCCUUAGCGAUGUAACGAUAUCGAUGCCGAUAUAUCGGCCGGCAGGUCGAUAGUUUGAAAAGCGCAAAUGCAAAAGGAAUUGCGCAACAGAUUAUAAUCAAAUCAAAAUAAUAUAAAUAAACUUUGUUUCCUUAACUAAAAUGUAUCAAAAGGUCCUCAAGUGAACUUUAAUUACCGUUUUUGAUUUACUUUUGCUUUCAUUUUGCAUUUUUGCAGGUUGCAGUUUUUCACACUUCACAAAAUCGAAUGUUUAAAACAUACGUUUUAUGCAUAUUAAGUACAUAAUUCUUUAUUAGUUUGAUUUAUUAAGCAACUAAAGUCAUCGAUAUCGGUAUCGCCGAUUACUUACUUUAAAAAUCGGUAUCGCUGUUGCAUCGGCGAAAUCAUGUAUCGUUACAUCUCUAAUUCGGUUCACGGCGGGAAGAAGUUGAUAUCUCGAGAUAUUUUAUUCAAAUAAAUUUGAACUUAAAAUAUAAUUACAGAAGGUUAAAAUUUCUUCAAUUUUUUUCCCGCAAGAUCAACUUCUUCCCGCCUUUUAUGGGAUUCAUCUCUUUCAGUUUCAGUGUUAGAUUGUCUACAGAGUUUAAUUAAAAGGAUUGUAUUUUCUUUAUCCUAUUUAGCUUAACAUCAAUAAUUUUGAUGGAAGUCAUUUGUAAACUUAAAUGUAUUUCUUAAGACUAGUGACGAUUUAUGUAAUAAAGACUGCUAUUCUCCAUAAAGUUGUCAUCCGAGUGUACCUAGACUAGAAUAAAUAUGGCGACCUUCUAAAGACGCUAAGCACGAAUAAUUUCGCAUACAUCGACCCGCCAUUUCCUAUCUAUCGUACGCGCAUAUAAUUAUAUUGCUAUCUCGCCGAUGACAUAGAUAGUAAUAUAAUUAUGCACGUGCAUGAAUCUAGUAUAACCGGAUCGGUCAUGAGGGGUAGGGGGAAAUGACCGAACGGGAUAGAUGUAUCUUUCAGUAGGAGUAGCAGAGAAAGCGCUGUUAUUGUUUGUCCUUGUCACAGUCCAAGCCGCCGGCCAAGCCACCAAGCCAGUCCGGGUCAAUCCAAGCACGACGAUGCCUGGUUCUCCUUACUAAAAGAGAAACGCACGAGGCGCCACGAGCAGGCCUCCAACCCCCGCCCACCUGGGGGAGCAUACACCUGCUGCGUGUGUGGCCGAGGGAUCCUCUCUCGUAUAGGGCUUUACAGCCACGAACGCAAGUGUCGUAACACUCGUAACCGCGAUGCUGCUUGAAACAUCUGACACAGAUGACAAAGGCCUAUAUUUAUAUUGUCACAGUCUCACAUUUUUUUUAUUCCCCACCGUAAAUUUAGUAUGGUUUAUGGUGGGCUACAAAUCUACUCGACCAAUCAUAUUGUCGCAUUGCGUAUGUUUUGUCCCUCACGGGCGCACUCGUAUAGCUAAUCUAUGUGCACGUGCGAUAGAGAUCGGAAAUGGCGGGGUGGGCAAUGAAUAUCCUGAUUUCACUAAGAUAUUCACUAGAUGGCGUAAUGUAUGCUAGGUCCUACCGUUAUUUGGUUGUACUAAAUAUAUGAAACUGAAAUCACGAUAAAGUCAUCCAGCUAGAUAAACUAAAUUUAGAGUAUAUGGGAACGCAAACUGCGUAUGGAGACUAGGAGUCACUUAUCAUCGCUAAGAGAUUUUUCAACAAAUAUGUGUAUAUACAUAAUACAUAUGUAUAAAAUGUAACGUAAGAAUAAUUUGGUCCCUCAAUACCUAAUAAAGUAUAAAUGUGAUGAAAUUUUAUUAUGGUAAUUAUUUAUUACAUUAAGUGUAUAAAAGGAUAUAAUUAUACUGUUUACACUGUAUUUAUGUUAUAUUGUAAGAAUAAUGAAAUAACGAUUAAAUAGUUUUGAACAAAA